AUGGGUCUCUUCCGACCCGGCACCAGUGCUGGCCGACCCAAGACCGCUCAGCCGAAUCACUCCUCUCUUCGGGGCAGAAUCAGCGGCCCUAUCCCGAUAGAAACCGAUUUUCCCAUCUUAAAUACGUCGCCAGAUUUAGUUCGUAAUAGCAGAGCACCGCCGCCACCCGAGCCUAAUGUCGAAGAGCUGCCUUCGUCGAGGUCCGACAACCCGCCCGCUUCCGAGAGCACGCGGGUGGACAACACGGAAUCCGUCGCCAUGUCGGGGCCCAGCCAAGCCUCGAACGCUUCUGCGAGUCCGCCGCAGCGAAGAACGAUGCGCUCUAGUGGCAUGCGAUAUUCCAUCAUUAGCGACGGCACCGACGGAGACAGGCCGCAGAGGAAGAAGUCGACGCUCAAGUCUACCCUUGGACGGUUUUUCAAGCGAAAGAGAAAGGGUUCGAGUGAGGUUCUCACCUCAGACACCCGCUCUACGGAGCAGGGUAACUCUGCACAACGUCAAAAUGACACACCAGCUUCGAAUCGAGGUCCGAAGGAGGACGAGCCCAAGCGAGCGUCGGCGCCCCUUACAGAGUUCGAGAGGCCGCUGCGAUCGCACUCGGUUGGGCCGAACGACAUGCUAGCCAUCACGGGGGCCCGGAGCUCGGUGCCGGCGGAUCCUAUACUGCUUCGGAGGAGAGCGGCGUCGUCGAACCGGAUCCUGAGCCAGAGGAUCAGGGACUUCGACGGGCAGCUCAUCGGGCUGUCCCCUCGGCCCGCCAGCAGCCAGGGGCGCGGGUGCAAUCCGGCCGAGAACGAAGAUCCCGAGGAUAUCGGCCGCGCCAUCACGAGCGACAGCCAGACGCACCGCCGGAGAUCGCGGAGCCUGUCGCAGCUCCAGGAGGUCAUCGUCGGCCACGUGCACGUGCGGAAGCGCAGCGACGAGAUCCGCUACUGGAGGCAGAGCUUCCACCCGACCAUCAUGUCGCCCAACUCGUCGACGGUGAACAACGACGACGUCGACGCCCUCGGAGACGUGGACGUGGACGCAGACGUCGAUGUCGACGUCGACGCGGACCAGGACCAGGACGCGCACGCGCCGCUGGAGACGCCCCUCGGCCCCCCCGAGCACCUGCGGCUGUCGCCGACGACGCCGCAGGAGACCUUCGACUUCGGGCCGAUCACGUCGGAGAUGCGGAUCGAGCCGGCGGUGGGGCUGGAGGACCGGAUCGCGGCGCUGGAGGUGCGCAACCAGAAGCUCGAGAAGCUGGUCUCGCAGCUGUUCCAGGUCGUGCCGGGCGUCAACCACUACGUGGAGCCGGCGGGGGGCGUCCCCGAGACGCCGGACCGCGCGCCGCCGGCGGUCCCGCGCGCCCGCGCGGCCACCUACGCGGCGUCACGCCCAGCCGCCGCCGCGGCGCCGCCGCCCCCCGACCUCGACCUCGACCUCUCGUCCGUGUACAGCCUGUCGCGGCAGCACUCGGCCGAGUCGUUCGGCGACGGCAACACGUUCAUCGGGUCGCUGCCGCCGCCGUCGCAGCGGCCGACGUCGAACGCGACGGUGCGCGGGGCGACGAGCCUGCCGGCGCUGCUGGGCGAGGGCAUGGCGGCGGCGGCGGCGGACGCGGACGGCUACGCGGCGCUGAAGGCGCUGCUGGACGCGGAGCGGGGCGCGCGGGAGGCGCUGGAGGCGCGGGUGACGCGGCUGGGGCGGCGGCUGGACGCGGUGGCGGGGAAGGGGGCGCCGCAGCGGCUGGAGAUGAAGUUCGCGGCGGUGUCGGCGUUCGACGACGACGACGACGACGACGACGAGCUGCUGACGGCGGGCGCGGAGACCGAGUCCGAGGCGUACAAGACGCCGCGGUCGGAGGAGGGCCCGGGGCUCGGCUCGUUCGGCGCGUUCGGCGAGGACCUGCGCGGCGACGCUGCCGCUGCUGCCGAGGCCGGCUCCGACGCGGGCGCCCCCGACCCCUUCGACGGCGCCCGCAAGAAGGCCGCCCGCACCCUCUCCCUCAGCCAGCUCACCCUCAAGCGCAGCCCCCCCCGCCCCCGCCAGCACGACGGCGUCGGCUUAUGA